AUGGACGUGUGCCCGGAUCCUUCGAACACGAUCUGCCGAGGGUGCGGAAUUUCCAACCCCGCCGAAGACCACAGAUGUGUCCCCAAGUGUGGCCUAUGUGGAGGCAAACACCUGACCGCGGACAAGGCCUGCAAAGCCCGCUUCAAGACGCCCUACAUCGUCCGCCGGCGACGCUGGGAACGGCGCCGAGCAGAGGAAGAAGACGCCGGGAGAAGAAACCGAGACAAGAGAGGUCCUGCAGGCGGACCCCACCGUAGCGCCUCCAAACAACGGGGCCGGUCACACACGCCAGACCGCAGCAGCAACAACAGUGGCGGCAGAAACGGCCGCCGGAGUCGCUCCCGCUCGAAGACACCAUCCGGUGGCAGCAACGGCGGCGGCAACCGCCGCUCGCGCUCCCGGACCAGUUCGAGAUCCAGGGCCAGUUCAAGGUCCCGGAGCGCGUCAACCGGACGCCGAGGUAUCGCCGAGAAAAAGGUGGGCUGGACCAACAGGUCUCCCAUCGCUCGAACCAGCGACACCGAGUUCCCACCACUCAGCCCCUCUCAACCCCUUAACUCGCAAGCGAAUCCGCAAAAGGACAGUAGCGAAGUGUUAGAACUUAAGAGGAUCAUAGAGCGCCAAAACGCUCAGAUUCAGGAGCAGAACGCCCAAAUACGGGCGCUUAUGAAUAGGAUCGAAGCGUUGGCGAAUAACGGCAGUUCGGCAAAUGCUAGCCCCGAAAACAACAUCACGGCGGCAAACAACGCCGCAGGCUUGCGCAGGUUGCCGCGGAGGGACCCCCCUGCUGGGGUUACGCAAAGUGCAUCCAGUAAUCAAGAGGCGAUGGACGCCGAAAUGAGCCCCGCGAGCGGAGAGGAAGCGACGACCGCCGAGACCGCGACCACGGCAACGGCACAGAUCCCGCGAGAAGGAGAGCUGACGGCAAUUUUGGCCGCAAUUUCCCAAAUUAAUGAAAGGCUAAGCAAAAUGGACGCCCGACUCGAGGCUGUCGAGAGUCAGCCUCAUAUGCGAUCGGUGAAGCACAAGCGCCUAGCGCCAAAAGUAGACUCAACAGCGGUGAGGAACCGCUUCGCGUCCCUGAAAAAGGAGCGGUCCGAAAAAAUCAAAGGCGCGAUCGCGAAAAGGCGCAAUCGACUCGAGACGUCCGGAAAGGAUGAUGCAGAAGCAAAGUAG